UUAGGUGUGACCUUCCAAGGAUGGUGCAGGAAUCUGUCCAUCAGCAGGCUCGCCAGGGUUGCGUCCUGCCCAGUGCAUGAGUCAGCACGCAAGUGGUUAAGUUGGCUGGUGAGCCUUGGCUUCCCUGGGUAGAGCAUCCAGCCUCCAAGAGUUAACCUGCAGCAGUGCUCAGAGGAGCAGGGGCAGAGGAUAUCAAAGCGUCCCGGCACUCUGGCUUGCAGGGGAAUGACAUGCGGUUUUGAACAAGCAGCUGCCGCAGCAGGUCUGGUAGGUUCCAGAAAGUACUAGGAAGUCUGAGUCCAGGAACGUGCAAGGGGAAAGAGAACAAGAUUCUGGAUGGCCAUUUCCUUUCCUGAGAUGUGAAAGCUUUUUUGAAUAGGAGAAUCAGGAGAAAUGGCCAAACGCACCUUCUCUACCUUGGAAAUGUUCCUGAUUUUCCUUCUUAUAAUGAUGACUGCCAUCACAGUGGCUCUUCUCAGCCUCUUGUUUAUCACCAGUGGGACCAUUGAAAACCACAAAGAUUCAGGAAGCCAUAUUUUCCCAACCACUCAGGGUCCCACGUCCACCCGGAGCCCCGUGGCCACCCAGGGUUCCGUACCCAGCCAGGGUUCCACAGGCACCCAGGGCUCGACGGCCACCCACACUUCCUCAGUGACACGCACUCCGGAGCCGCCUCUGUUCCAGAACUUCAGCGGUUAUCACAUUGGUGUUGGACGAGCUGACUGCACAGGACAAGUAGCAGAUAUCAAUUUGAUGGGCUACAGCAAAAAUGGCCAGAAUGCACGGGGCAUCCUCACGAGGCUAUACAGUCGUGCUUUCAUCAUGGCAGAACCUGAUGGGUCAAAUCGAAUAUUGUUUAUCAGCAUCGACAUAGGCAUGGUAUCCCAAAGGCUCAGGCUGGAGGUCCUGAACAGACUACAGAGCAAAUAUGGCUCCCUGUACAGAAGAGACAACGUUGUCCUGAGUGGCACUCACACACACUCGGGUCCAGCGGGAUAUUUCCAGUAUACUCUCUUUGUCAUUGCCAGUGAAGGAUUUAGCAAUCGAACUUUUGAGUACAUGGUCAGUGGUAUCAUGAAGAGCAUUGAGAUAGCACACACAAAUAUGAAACCAGGCAAAAUCUUUAUCAAUAAAGGAAAUGUGGAUGGUGUGCAGAUCAACCGAAGCCCUUAUUCUUACCUUCAGAAUCCUCAAUCGGAGAGAGCGAGGUAUUCUUCAAAUACAGACAAGGAAAUGGUAGUCUUGAAAAUGGUAGAUUUGAAUGGAGACGACUUGGGCCUUCUCAGCUGGUUUGCUAUCCACCCAGUCAGCAUGAACAAUAGCAACCAUCUUGUGAAUAGUGACAACGUGGGCUAUGCAUCUUAUCUUUUUGAGCAAGAGAAGAACAAAGGAUAUCUACCUGGAGAGGGACCAUAUGUAGCAGCUUUUGCUUCAUCAAACCUGGGAGAUGUGUCCCCCAACAUUCUCGGCCCACAUUGCAUCAACACGGGAGAAUCUUGUGAUAACGCCAAUAGCACUUGUCCCAUUGGUGGGUCUAGCAUGUGUAUGGCUAUGGGACCUGGACGGGAUAUGCUUGACAGCACACAGAUUAUAGGACGGACUAUAUAUCAGAGAGCAAAGGAACUGUACGCCUCCGCCUCGGAGGAGGUAACCGGACCCCUGGCGGCGGCGCACCAGUGGGUGAACAUGACGGAUGUGACCGUCUGGCUCAAUUCCACACACGCGGCAAAAACAUGUAAACCAGCACUGGGCUACAGUUUCGCCGCUGGCACGAUUGACGGAGUUGCAGGCCUCAACUUUACGCAGGGGACAACAGAAGGGGAUCCAUUUUGGGACACCAUUCGGGACCAGCUCCUGGGCAAGCCAUCUGAAGAAAUCAAAGAAUGUCAUAAGCCAAAGCCAAUCCUCCUUCACACUGGAGAGCUAUCAAAACCUCACCCCUGGCAUCCAGAUAUCAUUGAUGUUCAGAUUAUUACUCUUGGAUCCUUGGCCAUAAGUGCUAUCCCUGGGGAGCUUACGACAAUGUCUGGACGAAGACUUCGAGAGGCAGUUCAAGCAGAAUUUGCAUCAUAUGGGAUGCAGAAUAUGACUGUUGUUAUUGCUGGCCUAUGCAAUGUCUAUACUCAUUACAUUGCCACUUAUGAAGAAUACCAGGUGCAACGAUACGAGGCAGCAUCUACAAUUUAUGGGCCACACACUCUGUCUGCCUACAUCCAGCUCUUCAGAGGCCUUGCUAAGGCCAUUGCUACGGACACAGUAGCCAACCUGAGCAUAGGUCCAGAGCCUCCAUUUUUCAAACAACUAAUAACUCCAUUAAUUCCUAAUACUGUGGAUAGAGCACCAAUAGGCAGAGCCUUUGGGGAUGUUCUGCAGCCAGCAAAAGCUGAAUACAGAGUGGGAGAAGUUGCUGAAGUUGUAUUUGUAGGUGCUAACCCAAAGAAUUCAGCAGAAAACCGGACUCAUCAGACCUUCCUCACUGUGGAGAAAUAUGAGGCUACUUCAGCAUCGUGGCAGAUAGUGUAUAAUGAUGCCUCCUGGGAGACCCGUUUUCACUGGCAUAAGGGAUUACUGGGUCGGAGCAAUGCAACAAUAGAAUGGCAUAUUCCGGACACUGCCCAGCCUGGCAUCUACAGAAUAAAAUAUUUCGGACACAAUCGGAAGCAGGACAUUCUGAAGCCCGCUGUCAUACUUUCAUUUGAAGGCACUUCCUCCGCUUUUGAAGUUGUAACUACUUAGAGAAAAGUUGACAAAUCAUUUGAAGACCAGCUUUAUUCUGUAUACCGUAUAUAAGUGAUUUCACGUGAAUGUGAACUAAAUGAAUUACCAUGUUGACCUCUAUAAUCGUCCCUGUUUGGGGACAGGGAGAGUUUACUGCUAAUGGGACAGAAAUGUGUGUGUGUGUCUGUAUCUGUGUUUGAGAGUGAGAGAGAGAGGGAGAGAAGGAGAGAGAGAAAGAGAGAUUGUUCCAUUUAUCUUGCUCCGGCAGCCAUGUACCUCGUGGUCUUCAGCUUAAAGCAUGAUUUCCCUUGAGGCCUUGGGGUUGUUUAAGGGACAGUUCCUUCAAUACAAAACCUCUGAAAUAUUAGUAAAAAUGGUUGAAGAUAUGUGAACAAUGUUUAACAUAUUUUAUUUAUAAAAUUGUUGAAUGUUAGCACUGGAAGAGUUUAUAGGAAUCUAGUUUGAUUCUUCUCAUCAUACAGAUGGGAAAUAUGAGGUUUUGUGGAUUUCAGAUUAGACUAAAGUUAUAGGACCUUGCUCCCAGUCACAUUUACAAAAUAUUAUAUAAACCUUGGCCAUAAAUGUAUAAGCCUAAUCAGAGAAAUAGAAAGUUAGCAUGCCAGUUUUCUUACAUUCAGAUGAGCAUAGCCUUACUAAUCAGUCACCCUGCAAUUGGCAUGCCUAGUCCAGAGUUGUUGAUGCUCGAAUCAUUUCUGGAAUUGCCUUCAGAGCCCAAUUAUGAGAGAGUCAGACUUGUAAUAUUUUGAUCAUGCCUUGUGUUUUCCUAAGUGUCCUUAUCCCAGUGGAUUGUGUCUCUCAUUCUCAAGGCUUAUUCUAAAUGAUUUUUGACUGUUUUCAUUAAUCCAAUUCACCCCAAAUAACAAAGCUUUGCCAUUAGUGUAGAUAUUAAAAUGAAAGUGUUACUGGCUGGGAAGGUAAUCCUUAAGAGGGAGGUUCUAAAUUUACUUACUGUUCUUUUAUCACUUGCUCACUCACUCACGCACUCAUUCAUUCACGGACUCAUUCAAUCACAGAAUAUUUAUUAAAACUUACUCAUAUGCCCUGCAUUUUACUAGUACCUAGGCCUUGACAAUUAGUGAUCGUAUUUGGGAUGAAUGUGUAAGUGUCAAAAGGUGACUAAUCUUAAGGAGAAAAUAUUCAAUUUUGUGUAUAAAUUCUGGAGAGGUGUUUAAAAAUCAGUAAUCUGCAAGUCACAUCUUAUACAGCAUUUGUGUUGGAUACUCUAAUCUUGGGGGAAAGAGGCUCCAGACAACUUGAUAAAUACUGUUUUGAAAUUUAUUUUGAGGCAUUAUGAAAUACCCAGCUCAAUGUCCCAAAGAAUAAGGUAUGACAAUCUGACAUCAAUUGCUUCCAAGUACUAAUUGCAUUCAAAAUUAUUAUUUAAGUUAACUAGGAGUUUCCCAGACUGUCAAAUAAAUUUCUAAACCACACGUCAUACUUUUGUAUGUAUGUAAAAGCUUUGGCAUUUAGGAGAAAAAAAACCAACCUUUAUUUCAAAAAUAAACUUUAAGGUUUGAAAAUAUUAAUAAUAUAAUUAUAAUAAUCCUAACAAUAUAUGGCUUAAUCUCUUACACAUAAUAUAUUGAAUUAGAAUGAACCUGGAACACUUUUUGAUGAAUUGCUAUUCUAGAGAUUGUUUCUAUGGAAGUUAAUGGCUGGAGAAGUAGCUAAUCAAAUCAGAUUUUCAAGGGUUUGUCAUCAUUUUUCCUAAUGACACCAUAGUCUUUAGUGUAAAACUUCCAGGGCCUAAAAGAGAAGGAGAUUUUGAAAGUAGUUGACUGUAGACAAAAAAAAAUUAUAUUAGUACUUAUGAUAUGGUUUUAAAAAGAAUAUUUCUCAUUACCCAGAAAAGUUUAUGAAUUAUUUUCCACCACCUCCAUCCCUCCACCAGAGCUUCCCUCAGUCUGCUUGUCAUUCCCUGUUGCUCCCUAGCAGCUGUUCCAAGGUGGCUACCUUGUACCACCUACUAAACCUUCUGCAUCCAGCCUUCUGUUGACCAGUACUCUUGGCCCCAGAUAACCCACAGAAACCUAGCUAUCAUCUCUUCCAGCUCAUGCAGUUCAUGUUUUGCAACUUAUGUGUAAAAAGAAAACCAAAUUUUUACAUUAUAGAUAUCAUAGUUAUUCAUCUACACAUAAAGAACACCAGGAGGUAACAGAUCUGAUCUGUUGAUCUAAAAAAAUAGAUUCAAUUUGUGUCUGUGGCUGCUGCUGGGAGUGGCUCAUUGGAGCCAAACCAUGUGUUGGAAACUCCUGAGAAGGGUGGAAAAUAGUGGGUUGGGUAGGUGGGAGAACGAUUUUGGAGAAGAUUUUCUUUUGUAUAUCAAAGUGUCUGUGUUUUAUUUGUUGGACUCUGCCUACUCUGGUUUUAAGGAUUCUGUAACUUAAAAAAACACUGAAUGGUCCCCCUUCCAGGUCUAUAUUUUUUGAUGCAUAUUAUGUAAAAUUGUCAAUAUUAAAUAGAACGUUUAAUAAUAAAUUAAGAAUUACACUUGUGAAAGUAUUUUCUAAUGAGAGGUAAUGUAGACAAAUAGACACUUUUUUUUUUAAAGAGAUGGAACAAAAGGUUGUAGAUUACAUGUAAAUCAGGUUGGAAAGUGGUACAAAUGACUUCUGUAAAUAACCACUCAAAAACAAUGGAACUACUUCAUCAGUUCCUUCCCCAUCUCAGAAGAUCUACUGCUGGUAAAUACAUAUGGUUGUCUCUCUC